AUGUCAGUGCUAAGUCUGAUUCCUGAGGAUAAAAAGAAGGAUAUAAGGAAAGAAUCCCUGGAAAGCGUAUACAGCAGCAACUCUCGCCUGAACUUGCUGAACAAGCGCAAGCGCGCGAGUCCUCUCGCGGAUAUGUCUGGCGGCACGAAGGGCGACCGCUAUGUGGCACAGCGCGUGCUCUCGGCGAAGGCCCACCGGGUGAAGCAGCUGCAGAACCAACUCGCUGAUGCACAUUAUCAUUUACAGGAGCUCAGCAAUGAAAAUCGCGUGCUCCGGGCCAUGCAAAAGAAGCAAGAGAUUGCUUUGCAAAGAUAUGAGAACUCAAACGCCGAGUUGCCGUCAGUACUGAACUCCCACAACGAGGAGAUGAGAAUCCAGCAGACAAAGUACAAACAACUGAAGUCGCAGUUUAAGGAAGUGUCACAGAAGCUCAAGGAACGGGACAUGCAGUAUCAGCAGUUGAAAGAUGAACACACACACCUGCUAGAGCUAAGCAGGGAUAGGAAUCUUCUAGAACGCGAGAAGCUUCAACAGCAAGUGACUGAGUUGACUACUAAAGUGCAAGCGCAGAAUGAGACCAUAGCAAUGUUGCAGCGUCGCAUAGUUCUAGAAGCAAAGAACUUCAAACACCAACUACAGAAUGAAAUCAACAAACAUAAGGACACUAGACAUGAUUUGGAUAUGGCUAUAAGCAAUGCGGAUAAGCUGUCUACUAUUAUUGAGAUGAAAGAAAAAAUGAUCAGCACUGCCGCUUGUCGUAACAUAAAGUCGCCAACUAAAACUGCGUCGACUGUGAAUGUAACCCGACCUGUGAGUAAGAGCAAAAGCGGGAACGAUAUCGUCAGCAGCAGAGCAAUGACGAGCAGCAAUGAUGAGCGGUCUGAGAGGUCUGCCUUUAGUAAUGUAAGUUUAUCCAGACUGUGCGAGAAUUCCCGCAAUAUCACCAGUGCUCUAUCCCACGACGAAGAGACCUCUUCCUCCAUAGAACCUCGAUCCCGCUACGUCAGGAGUCGUAACAGCACCAACAGCACGCGUUCUACCCCAAACCCUAGAAAGAACUCCAAAGGAUCCGAUGAAAUGAUUGAACUUGCUAAAACUGUCCAAGACGGCAUGGCUGACUUGACAAUAUUUGACGAACUUGACAAAAAUCCUUCUCCUGAUGAAAUGCAAAAGAAAAUUGAAAUCAUGAAACAAGAUUUAAUGAAUAAAAUUAAAAAUGACGAAGCUCCGUCACGAAAAUCUAGUUUCAUUAGAAGACAGUCGACUGAGGAAUCUGUUGAAGAGCAAAUCGUUGAAGAGAAAGAAGAUGUUCUUAUUGAAAGACCUAAAUCUAGAGGCCGUAGAGGAUCUUCAGUAUCAUUUUAUGAAAAUACAGUUAUUGAAGAAACUACUACAACAGUUGCUAUAAACGAUUACACAGGUGAUGAAAUAGAAAGAGUGGAGAAAGUAACGAAAAUAGAGAAACCUAGAACACGAGAAAACAGUGCUAGCGAAAGAAAGUUAAGUUGCGGUAAACCGUUGGACAAAUAUUGCAAAGACAUCAUUCAAGAUAUAGAGAAAAGUAGCAGAGUUAUAGACAAACAUAUGCGGCAGUUCAACCACUCCAAAUUUGAGAGUGAUAAACUAGUAGAAUCUUUGCAGGUUGUGGAUAAAAUUAAUGAAUUCGUUAAUUCUAACGGCGAGAUUCCAGAAGAAACUUUGCAAGAACUUAAUAAUAACUUUAAAAUGUUGACUGAUAAUGUUUUUACUGAACCUACUGUAACUAGAAAGAGGUCUAUUUCGGGCAGAAGGAACUCUAGAGAACCUAAGAACAUGUUAGAUGAUUCUUCUAUGAGCAAUCAGGAUUUACUAGACGAUCUUUUGGGAAGGAAAUGAUAAAACGUCACUGAAUGAAGUUUUGACCAAAUUUUUACCGUUCAGUCAUAGCUCAAGUAAUGUACUGUAAGCUAAUCUAGCUGAAAAAUUAGGAAUUUAGACUUAGCAGUUC